UGAGAGAGAGAGUGUGUGUAUCAAUCAACAUGCUGAAGAGUUCAAGUCACCAGCCUGUGAUCAUGGAGAUUACAGUCAUGUCAGCUCAAGGCCUCAAGGACACCAACUCAAGUCUCUUCUCUCAUCGUCUCCGACCCUUCAUCACUCUCAGCACUGUCCCACCAUUCUCGUACAGGCCAGCCACCAAGAGAGAGGAACACAGUCAAGUUUACAAAACCAGGGUGGAUGAUGGAGGAGGUGUUAACCCUUCUUGGGGUGACAAGUUUCAGCUACCAAUUGAUGCCACCUUCUUUUACCAAAGACACUCAUGCAUAUACCUCCAACUAUACACAAAGCAUCUCAUGGUGGGUAAGACAUUUUUGGGUUGGUGUCAGAUUCCGGCUACCGAUGUCGCCGACAGCCUUUUACCAGCAACGUCGGUUCGCCACCUGAGUUACCGGCUACGGGCUAGGGACGGUUCGAGGGGUCAUGGGGUGGUUAAUAUUGCAGUGAAAUUGGAAGGUUUACCUCCGGUGGAAUGCCCUGAACCGAGGAGAAAUUCCUAUACGACACACUCGCCAGAGAUUAGGAUGGGUCAGACAGUCGUCGGUAUUCCGAUGACAAUGUUUCCGGCUAUUGGUGACUGCCCAGUCAUGGGUCACACUCAAUAUCAGUUAGGUGGCUGCGGUGUUGAAAAAAUUACAUGGCCAUGAAUUAAACUAAGAAAUCUGGUUAUUUAUAAGUGGCAAGCAAAGGGUCGACUACUCCCUCAAAUUCAGCAGUUAGCCACCUAAUGAUCAGUUCUUAGCGGGUAUGAGAGAAGAUUGUAUUUUGUUCUAUAUAUUAAUAUGAGUUUGACAAAAACUUCUACCAAGUUAUAUCUAUGUAUUAAUUAGGAUCAAUUAUUGGUAUCUUCCAUUAAAAAAGACUUCAAAUCCUAUCAACAAACGCUUUACAAUUUGAAGGAAAAAAAAAGAAAGAAAUGUGUCACUUGUAAUAGCAUGAAUAGUUAGGUUCGAC